AUGUUCCGAGGAAUGGGUUUUAGAUAUAAAUACGUUAAAAGACCACCACGAAAAGCGUACGGACGUCUCAGUGUCGAUUCAGAUGAUGCAUCAUCUGCCAAACAUAAAAUCGAUGAUCCUUUUGAUGAUAUUGAUAACUAUGCCAUGAUUUCAUCAGCUACGGCAAACGGCAAUAGCAACAAUUCAAAUAAAAAUACAACAGAACAACUGCACAACGGGUGUCAACAACAUCAUCAUCACAAUCACAUACAUACAAGCGAUGGAGACAGUGGUGGUGGUGAGGGUGAGGUAGGCAACAGAUGUAGUGGCAGUGGUCUAAGUGGGGAUGACAGUGGUUGUAGUGGGCUGAAUUGUUGUAAUAGUGAUUUAAAUAAUUCAUGUAUCGAUGAUGGUGGCCACUGCACAGCAGCCAAUUGUCAAGGAAAUUAUGCCGAUAGUAAUUUAUGUCAAUACAAUAUUUGCGGUGGUGGUAGUGGUGGAACAACAACGACGACGUUGGUGACGAGUAAUGGUGGUUUAAAAGGAAAUUCCACUACAACCCAUCUGUAUUGUAACAAAGAGGUGAACGAAAACACAAUA